CCAUUAAACCAGCAAUGCCACCAAAUGAAAUCCAAAGAAAGAGUUCAACAAUACCUGUAAUCCCACCAACUGACCCCCAAGAACAGAGUACAACGGGAUCUUUAAUGGACGAAACAAAAGCAGACAAUUGGGAGAAAGCUGAGUUUGAUAAGAUAAAAAACUGGUAUGAGAAGCUAGAAUCCAUAAUAGCUUCCUGGGAGGAAAAGAGGAAGGCAAAAGCCAAAAGACGACUAGAAAGGACAGAGAGUGAAGUGGCAAGAAGAAGGGAAAGAACUGUAAAAGAAUACAGAAACAACAUCAAAUACAUUGAUCAGUCUGCAGAAGCAGCAAAAGUGAAGGCAGAGAAAAGACGAAGGAAUGAGGAGUUAAAAGCAAAAGAGAAGGCAAACAGAAUUAGAACUACUGGGAAAGAUCCUAAUACGGGUUUAUGCUGCUGAAAAUAUAGAACCCCAAUUCAUCUGUUUUUUACAGACAAAAGGAAAUCUUAAAAGUUCUGCAAGCUGUAAACAUUCUCUUAGGCCAAUGGAAACUUCUUUAUAUGAUGUGCCGUUCAAUAACAAAGAGAAUUUGCCUAUAAGAGUUAAAAGUAAGAGAUUCAAUAAUUACAUUGAUUUGAAUUGAUUUAUCUAUUGUUUGUGGACAACAUCACAUCAUUCAUG